AUGGGGCACAAGACCUGCACUGUUAAAUAUUGGGUACAGGAUCCUUCCCUUAUUCUUCACAAGUAUCUUCAGUCAGCAGAUCUCAUCUUUGGUGGCAUUACUUUUCAGAUCCAUUUCUUCUUUCCUCUAAUGAGUUUCUCUGGAAGACCACCUCAAAGUCUAUAUGAAGAUCCCAAUUGUUUCACAAAGAAUUACCAGCAAAUCUUGGCCUUGGAAUUUGCUACAAAAGAGAUCAACGAAAAUGCUCAGAUUUUACCUAAUCUCACUUUGGGAUUCCAUAUCUAUGAUUGCUAUUCAAAUGCCAGAUGGACUUAUUAUGUCACACUGCAACUUAUUUCAACGAAGAAUAAAUUUGUCCCCAACUAUAAGUGUGAUAGCCAGGACAAUCUAAUGGCAGUCAUUGGUGGACUGGACUCUGAAAACGCCUACGAGAUAACAAAUGUUCUGAGCAUCUACACUAUUCCACAGCUAAUGUAUGGCUUUGCUUCAGUGAUGACGGAUAACAUGCGAGCAGCUUCCUUCUACCAGAUGGUCCCAAGUGAAACCAUUCAGUACAAGGGGAUUCUCCAGUUACUUCUCUAUUUCCAGUGGACAUGGAUUGGCUUCAUUGCCUACAAUAAAGAAAAUGGAGAAAGGUUUCUGCAGAUCAUGCAUUCAGUCUUUUCCCAGCAUGGCAUCUGUUUUGCCUUUAUAGAAAUGUACCCCCAUUUAAAUUUUGAUGAUAUCAUAUAUGUUGAUGAAUGGAGGCGGGAGCUCUAUGAUAAACUUUUGAAUACCACAGCCACUGUUUUGAUCUACUAUGGAGAAACUAAUUCCAUGGUAUUCCUGAGUAGUUUGAUAUAUAUAUCAGAAAUGGAUUACCCAGCACAAAAUCUAAAAGGCAAAGUGUGGAUUCUGACAGCCCAGAUGGAAUUCACAUUAUUGGACUUCCAAAGAAGUUGGGAUAUUCAAUUCAUUCACGGUGCUCUGUCCUUUGCAAUUCACUCUCAGGAUGUGCUAGACUUCCACCGAUUUAUCCGAAGCAGAAACCCUUCCAAUACAAAAAACGAUGGCUUUAUCAAGAACUUCUGGGAGCAGGCAUUUGUCUGUAUGUUUCCAGAUUCUAAUCUGGGCAAUUCAUAUGAGGACAUCUGCACUGGAGAGGAGAGGCUAGAAGAUCUUCCUGGGACUUUAUUUGAAACGAGGAUGACGGGGCGCAGCUACAGCAUCUACAAUGCUGUGCAUGCUUUGGCCCAUGCUUUACAUGCCAUGCAUUUAUCAAAAAGCACAGGAAUAGGGGAGGGAGAGAAAAGGAAGCUUCAGAGGCACCAGCCGUGGCAGCUCCACCACUUUCUGCGAAGUAUCUCUUUUAAUAACAGUGCUGGUGACCAGGUUUCCUUUGACCAGAAUGGUGUGUUAGUAGAAGGGCUUGAUGUCAUAAACUGGGUCACCUUCCCAAACCAAUCUUUUGUUAAGGUGAAAGUUGGCAAGAUGGAUAUCCAAAAACCUCCAGAUCAAGCAUUCACUGUCAAUGAGGAUGCCAUUAUAUGGCCCAGAGAGUUUAACCAGACACAGCCUUUUUCUGUCUGUACUGCCAGCUGCCAACCUGGAUAUAGAAAGAAAGUGAAAGAGGGCAAGCUGUUCUGUUGCUAUGAUUGCAUUCCAUGUCCUGAAGGAAAGAUAUCAGACAAGAAGGACAUGGCUGAAUGUUUACCAUGCCCGAAUGAUCAUUAUCCAAACAAGGAGCAGAAUUCAUGCAUUCCCAAAGUUGUUGUCUUCUUGUCCUAUGAAGAUCCCUUAGGGAUGGGUUUAGCUAUUGUUGCUAUUUUGUUUUCUUUGAGCACAAGUGUGGUUCUAAGUACGUUUAUGAAGCACCACAACACUCCAAUUGUCAAAGCCAACAACAGGAGUCUCACCUAUGCUCUCCUUGUCUCCCUCCUGUUCUGCUUCCUGUUUUCAUUGCUGUUCAUUGGCCGACCUGGAAAGGUGACCUGUCUCCUCCGACAAACGGCCUUUGCCAUCAUUUUCUCGGUAUCGAUUUCUUGUAUUCUUGCAAAGACACUCACUGUCAUUUUGGCUUUCAUGGCUACCAAACCAGGAAGUAGGAUGAGGAAGUGGGUGGGGGGGAAAAUGGCCACCUCCAUUGUCCUUUCCGGCUCCCUUAUCCAAGGAGGUAUUUGUAUUGUGUGGCUGGCAACAUUUCCCCCAUUCCCAAAUGUCAAUAUGUAUUCAAUGACUACAGAAAGCAUACUGGAAUGUAAUGAGGGCUCACCUCCCAUGUUUUACUCUGCCUUGGGCUACAUGGGAUUUCUGUCCAUUUUGAGCUUCAUUGUGGCUUUCUUUGCCAGGAAGUUACCGGACAGUUUCAACGAAGCCAAGUUUAUCACUUUCAGCAUGUUGGUCUUUUGCAGUGUUUGGGUAUCCUUUAUUCCAACUUACCUGAGUAGCAAAGGAAAAUACAUGGUAGCUGUGGAGAUCUUCUCAAUUUUAGCUUCCAGUGCUGGCUUGCUGGCUUGCAUCUUUGCCCCCAAAUGCUACAUUAUUCUUUUUAGGCCUGAGCUGAACAAAAGAGAGCAGCUAAUAAAGAGAACUUAUUAG